CGGUAGCUGGAAAUAUCGUGACCAUAUUAGUCACCGCCUUUUCUCCCUUUCUUCUCUCAUUUUCUGCCUCACACCGCCGCCGCCGCCGUCGCCGCGAAACUAUCUUCCCCGCCUAUCCACGCUUGUUGAUGGUGCAGAAGCGUUGAGAAUCGCACUUCGGAUCAGGCGCCUAGGACACACAUUCGCAUAGUACCAUUUCCGAGCUGCGAUGGCCGGGGGAUAUAGGGCGGACGACGACUACGAUUAUCUCUUCAAGCUGGUGCUGAUCGGCGAUUCCGGCGUCGGUAAAUCGAAUCUGCUCUCCCGAUUUACGCGGAACGAGUUCAACCUCGAGUCAAAGUCUACCAUAGGCGUCGAGUUCGCCACGCGGAGUAUUCGCGUCGACGAUAAGAUUAUCAAGGCUCAGAUUUGGGAUACCGCUGGCCAGGAACGAUACCGUGCAAUCACAAGUGCCUACUACCGGGGAGCUGUUGGGGCGUUGCUUGUCUAUGAUGUGACUCGGCACAUCACGUUUGAGAAUGUUGAGAGAUGGUUGAAAGAGCUCCGUGAUCACACGGACCAGAACAUCGUGAUCAUGCUCGUGGGAAACAAGGCAGAUCUGCGCCACCUACGCGCUGUUUCCACUGAGGAUGCCACUGCCUUUGCCGAGAGGGAAAACACCUAUUUCAUGGAGACGUCUGCCCUCGAGUCUUUGAACGUUGAGAACGCUUUCACAGAGGCGCUAACCCAAAUAUACCAUGUAGUUAGUCGCAAAGCACUUGAUAUCGGAGAUGAUCCUUCCGCUUUGCCCAAGGGACAAACCAUAAACAUUGGGGACGACGUCUCAGCCGUGAAAAAGGUAGGUUGUUGCUCGGUAUGACUGCAAACUGGUAUAUGGCUGGAUCUCAAUCUGGAAACACACUGCUUUGUUAUUUGUUCGUUGGUUGGUAGUCGUUGCCUUUCCAGUGACCGAGCUUGGCAAUUUCAAUGCCAGUUCUAGUAGUCUUAGUGUUUCUAUAUUGUAUUAUGCUGCAUUAUACAACAUGACAUUUGCUAUAUUGCUGUUAACCAAGAUUGUUAUUUCAUUGGA